CCCCCUGUAAAUGAUAACAUGACAUAUAUAUAAAUCUGCCUUGUAAAGGAACGAACUUUGAAAACAGCUUUGAAAAAGAGAAGGCAUUCAGCGCAGCGGUGCCCCCACUCCAGAGGCAGGGAGGGGGAGGGCUUCUUCAACUUCUUCAAAGUCCCGAUUGAGGUUUUGCGCGGAGCGCAGAGGCGACUGGACAGACAGCGUUGAUGAAGAGUUAGAAAAGUCCAAAAUGAGAAGCCUGCUGCAUUUCGCUGUCGUAUCGCUGAUAUGGCCAUUCAGCCAAGCUCAGCAGAGGGGUCUUUUCCCCGCUGUGCUCAACCUGGCCUCCAUGUCUCAGAUCAGCACCAAUGCCACCUGUGGCGAGACCGGACCGGAGAUGUUCUGCAAGCUGGUGGAGCACGUCCCGGGACAGCCGGUCCGGAACCCUCAGUGCCGCAUCUGCAACCUCCACAGUGAACAGCCCGCUGAGCAGCAUCCCAUUGAGUACGCCAUCGACGGGACCAAUCGGUGGUGGCAAAGCCCCAGUAUAAAGAACGGCAUGGAUUACCAUUACAUCACAGUCACGCUGGACCUCCAGCAGGUGUUCCAGAUUGCCUAUGUCAUCCUGAAGGCAGCAAACUCUCCUCGUCCCGGAAACUGGGUGCUGGAGCGCUCUCUGGAUGAUGUCACCUUCACCCCCUGGCAGUACUAUGCCAUCACAGACACUGAGUGCCUCACCCGCUUCAACAUCAUGCCCAGGACCGGCCCGCCGUCCUACGCCCACGACGACGAGGUCAUCUGCACCUCUUUCUACUCCAAGAUUCACCCACUGGAGAAUGGCGAGAUCCACACCUCCCUGAUCAAUGGGAGGCCCAGUGCCGAAGAUCCCUCCCCAACCCUGCUGAACUUCACCUCUGCCCGCUAUAUCCGCCUACGCUUCCAGAGAAUCAGGACGCUGAACGCUGACCUCAUGACCCUGGCCCUCAAUGACCCGCGGGACAUCGACCCAAUCGUCACCAGACGGUACUACUACUCAAUUAAGGACAUCUCGGUCGGGGGCAUGUGCAUCUGCUACGGACACGCCAAAGCCUGCCCGCUCAACAGUGGCACCAAGAAGUUCAGCUGCGAGUGCGAGGACAACACCUGCGGGGACAGCUGUGACCAGUGCUGCCCCGGCUACCACCAGCAGCCGUGGAUGGCAGGGACGUUCCUGACCCGGCACGUGUGCGAGAAAUGCAACUGUCAUGGCAAGUCGGAGGAGUGCUACUACAAUCAGACGGUCGCUGUCCGGAGGGAGAGUCUGAACACGAGGGGCACAUACGAGGGUGGCGGCAUCUGCGUCGGCUGCAGCAACAAUACGGCCGGCAUCAACUGCCAGAGCUGCGCAGAUGGCUACUUCCGGCCCGAAGGGGUGUUCCCGGAGGACCCAGACCCCUGCCAGCCAUGCUUGUGUAACCCCGCAGGCUCCCUCCAUGCAGCAUGCGUCCCCGACGAGUCUAUGGCCUCAGCAGGUCUAAGAGCCGGUUCCUGCCACUGCAGGCAGGGCUACGGGGGUGACAAGUGUGACAGAUGUGCCUUUGGGUACACCGGGUCCCCGCUGUGCGUGCGCUGCAACUGCAGUCUGGAGGGAAGUCUGAACAGGGACCCGUGCAAGCUGCCCUGCACCUGCAAGGGGAACGUCGAGGGGGAAAACUGCGACCUCUGCAAGUCGGGAUUCCACAAUCUCCGUGGAGAUAAUCCCUACGGAUGCGGAAAGUGCUUCUGCUCCGGCAUCACAAGCGAAUGCUCUGACUCUUCCUGGUCCUACAGUAACAUGACGACCAUGCUUGGCUGGGUCCUGAGGGGGGACGGUGAGGACAAGGUUUGGCCCGUGCCGAGUCAGGAGGACCCUCCGUCGCUCAGCGUCGGCCAUGCAGAGGCCAUCGCCCAUCUGCAGGGGGUUUUUUACUGGAGCUCCCCUCCCAGCUACCUGGGGAACAAGCUAACAGCCUAUGGAGGGAGGCUGGUGUAUAUGGUGUCCUACGACACAGAGGGUGGAGACAAGGCCAUUACGCCCUCCAUCCAUCCCGACGUCAUCCUACAGGGCAAUGGGAUAACAAUGAUUGACAGCCGGAUCGGGCUGCAGUUGUCCCCCUUUACCGAGGGAACAAAGAGCAUUGUCCUGCGCGCCGAAAAUUUUAUACACCGGGAGACAGGCCUCGCUGUCAGCAAGAAGGAGUUCAUGACAGCUCUCAGUGAUCUGAAUGGGCUUCUCAUCAGAGCCUCGUACAGCCAUGAUGAGGGGGCCCUCUACAGACUCAACUCUGUCACCCUGGAGGUAGCCAGUGAUGUGUCCCGGAGCGAUGUACCGGCCAGGGCUGUGGAGAUGUGUCACUGUCCCCAUGGCUAUGGCGGAACGUCUUGUGAGAUGUGCUUACCUGGUUACCAAAGGGUUAACGGCACCUUGUUCAAGGGAGUGUGUGAGCCCUGCCGCUGCUUCGGCCACUCGGCGCACUGUGAUGACAUCACGGGCCGCUGCCUGGACUGUGAAGACCACACCAUGGGUCCUCACUGUGACACAUGUGCCCCUGGUUUCUAUGGCGAUGCUACCAAGGGAACGGCUGAGGACUGUAAGCCCUGCUCGUGCCCACUCCCCCAUCCCUCCAACAACUUCAGCCCCACGUGCCACCUGGACUCCGGCGGUGAGCUGAUCUGCGACCGCUGCCAGCCAGGCUACGCCGGACCGCGCUGCGACAGGUGUUCCAAUGGAUUCUUUGGCCAGCCUACAGAACUGGGGGGGUCGUGCCAACCCUGCCAGUGCAAUGGAAAUUUGGACCUCUCGUCCCCCCGUAGCUGUGACCCUGUGACCGGAACGUGCCUCCGGUGCAGGCCGGGCUACGGGGGGGUGGUCUGCGAGACCUGCGGCGAAGGCUACUUUGGAGACGCCGUCGUGGCCAGAAACUGUCAGCCCUGUCAGUGUCAUGGUAACGGCUCCCUGUCGGAGGUGUGCCACCACGAAACAGGCCAGUGCUCCUGCAAAGAGCACGUGAUCGGGCGGCAGUGCGACAAGUGCGUGCCGAACUGCUGGUGGGAUGCGGGGCGGCAGGUGUGCAGGCCCUGCUCGUGCAGCCCCGUGGGGGCCAUGUCUCGCCGCUGUGACCUGGAGGGUCGCUGCAUCUGCAAGCCGGGCUUCUCGGGCCGGCGCUGCGACCUGGCUCGCCAGGGCUACGAGCGCCGGGAGACACGCCGGCCCGUCCAGCAGGUCCUUCUGGAGCAAGUUCAGCAGCGCUGGGGGUCCGGCAGGGCCGGGGGGUGCACCAGAGGAGCGUAUCGCCCCACGGGGGCCACCACCUUCGGCGUGCAGUCAGGACGCGGCUGCAUUCCCUGCAACUGCAACUCCUUCGGCUCCAAGUCCUUCGACUGCGACGAGGCGGGCCAGUGCCGGUGCCAGCCGGGAGUCGCCGGCCUCAAGUGUGACCGCUGCGCCCAGGGCCACUUCAACUUCCAGGAGGGGGGGUGCACACCAUGCCAGUGCUCCCAUGUGGGGAAUAACUGCGACUCCAACACCGGACAGUGCAUCUGCCCCCCACACACGGUGGGAGAGAGGUGUGACAAGUGUGCCCCGAAUUUCUGGGGUCAUGACAUCAUCACUGGUUGUAAGCCGUGCGAAUGCAACGUGAUCGGCUCCGUGACCCCGCAGUGCAACAUCAACACGGGCUGCUGCUUCUGCCGGGAGCAGUUCACCGGGCAGAAGUGCACCGAGUGCAAAGUGGGCUUCCGCGACUUCCCACAAUGCACCCCCUGCGAUUGCUCCCUGGCCGGCUCGGCCAGCCAGACCUGCGACGCCGACCACCGCAUGUGUUCCUGCGCCGACACGACAGGCCAGUGCACCUGCAAGGCCAGCGUGGAGGGGCUGGCGUGUGAUCGGUGCCGGCCGGGGACCUUUGGGCUCAGCGUGAGGAACCCGCUGGGCUGCAGCCAGUGCUACUGCUUCGGCAUGUCUGACACAUGCAGCGAGGCCCCUGGGCUCAUCCGUAUGUGGCUCACCCUGAAGCCUGAACAGACAAUGCUGCCUCUGGUGGACAAGGCCUGCCGUCUGACGACCACACAGGGCAUUUCGUUCCAGUACCCCGAGAUCAUCGCCCACGCAGAACUGGUGACCCGCGAGCUGUCGGAGCCGUACUACUGGAGGCUCCCAGAGCAGUUCCAGGGAUCCAUGAUAACGGCAUAUGGAGGAAAGCUGAAGUACACCAUAUAUUACGAAGCCCGUGAUGAAACAGGACCCUCUUCCUACGAGCCCCAGGUGAUCAUGAAAGGAGGUCCCCAGAAAGACAAGCUGAUAAUGCGGCACAUGCCCGGCCUGCAGAUCGGCCAGCUGACCCGGCAUGAGAUCGAGAUGACCGAGCACGACUGGAAACACAGCGAUAACAGUGCAAUGUCACGCAAGGACUUCAUGAACGUGCUGUUCAACAUCGAGUACAUCCUCAUUAAGGCCUCCCACGGCAGCUUGAUGAGGCAUAGCAGGAUCUCUGAGAUUUCCCUGGAAGUUGCAGAGGAGGGGCGCCCCUCAGUGGAGAGUGAGCGUGCCUACCAGAUCGAGAAAUGCGAGUGCCCGCUGGGAUAUUCGGGCCUGUCCUGUGAGGAAUGUUCUGCUGGCUUCUACCGGGUGGCGGAGCAUGCUGGAGGCCGGGUUUCCCACACUGGCAUUGGCAGCUGCGUCCAGUGCCAGUGCAGCGGCCACAGCGAGAUCUGCGACCCCGAGACGUCCAUCUGCCAGGCCUGCCAGCACAACACGGUGGGUGACCGGUGCGAGCAUUGUGCCCCUGGCUACUACGGCGUGGUGCGAGGGUCCCCCCAGGACUGUCGGGCGUGUGCCUGCCCCCUCACCAACCCCGAGAACAAUUUCAGCCCCACCUGUGUCCUGGAGGGUUUCAAUGACUUCCGCUGCAACGCCUGUCCUGAGGGUUACGAGGGAAAGUACUGCGAGAGGUGCGCCAGCGGUUACCACGGUGACCCCCAGGUGCCGGGCGGGCGCUGUGAGGAGUGUAAGUGUGACCCGGUGGGCGCUCUGCCCGAGCCAUGUGACCCGCGGACCGGGCAGUGCAUCUGCCGCCCAGGGGCAACCGGACACACGUGUGGCGUGUGCAUGGAGCGGCAUGUGUGUGAAGCAUCCCAGAUAGUGUCCUGCGACGACGACUGCAGUGGCGUGCUCCUCAACGACAUUGACGGGCUCCACCGCCUCAUCUCCAGCGUCAACCUCACCAGCCCCCUUCCCCCCCCCUACAAGGUGCUCUACAGGUUCGAGAACAUGACAGAGGAGCUCAAGCACCUGCUCUCCCCCCAGAGGGCGCCAGAGAGGCUCCUCCAGUUGGCAGACAGCAAUCUGGGCAGCUUGGUGACAGAGAUGGAUGAGCUUCUGGGCCGUUCGACCAAGGUGUCAGCGGACGGUGCGCAAACAGACGCCGACUCCGAAAGGAUUCAGAAGAGGGCGGAAGACCUGGAGCUACUGGUCAAGAAUACCCUCCUGGGUGCUAAAGUUCUUCAGGACAAGGCCCAGCACCUGAAUGAGACGCUGGGCUCCCGCGACGGCACCCCCGAGAAGAGCCUGCAGGAGAUGCAGAAGGAGAUUGAGGCCAUGCUGGCGGAGCUGCGCAAGCGGCAGUUUGGGGGCAAGAAGCAGAUCUCGGACGAGGAGCUGGGGGCAGCGGAGGCCUUGCUGCAGAGGGUCACUCGUCUCUUUGGGAAUCCACACAAAACCACAGAAGACCUGAAACAGGAGGUGAUGAGUAAAGUGGCCGACUACCGGGACAAGUUGGAUGACGCACACGAGCUGCUGAAGGGGGCCCAACUGAAGAUCCACAAGACCAAUGCCCUCUCCGAACUGAACCGCUGGAACAUGAGCAUGCUGGAGAGCAAGAGGGAUGCCGUGAACACUGCCAUGACAGGGACCGAGGACACCCUGGCUGAGGCGGAGCGCAUCCUCGGCGAGGCCAACCUUCUGUCGGGCAACAUCAAUCAAGAGGUGGAGGAUCUGGAGGAUAUGGCGCGUGACCUCAACCAUCUGGACGACCAGCUGGACUACAAGGUGAACAAGAUCAGCAUGGGUCUGCAUGAGAAGAAUCUACCGGGGCUGAUGCUGGAGGUGGAGAGCCACGCCGCCCAGCUCAAGGACUCUGCUGGCAUCUUGGACAGUAUCCUUGCAGAAGCCAAGAACCUGUCAUUCAAUGCCACGGCGGCGUUCCAUGCCUACAGCAACAUCAAAGACUUCAUCGAGGAGGCGGAGCGGCUGGCCAAGCAAGCUAGGGCCCGGGGCGUGGAGGCCGUGCAGCUAGCUUCCAGCCCCAGAGGCUCUCUGAAGGAGCUGGCCAAGAACUCACUGCAGAAGAGCUUCCGGCUGUGGAACGAAGCCAAGGAGUUGGAUGGUGACGUUAAGGAGAAUGCCGAAAGUCUGGGUCGGCUGCAGGGCAGGAUUAAGAAUGCCGAGACCAAGAGCAAGGACCUGCUGAAAUCCAUCGACGACGCCCUGGGAAGGCUGGACACCCUCCCGAAUGACACAAGCUCCAAGCUGCAGUCGGCCAAGGAGAAGGCCAGGGACGCCAACGAGACGGCCAGCGAUGUGCUGGCAAGGCUCAAAAAUAUGAACCUGGACCUAGCAGGCCUGCAACGCAACUACAGCAAGCUGGGUGAUGAUAUCAAAAAGGCCGACAACAUGAUCCAGGACCCCGACAAAAAUACCAUAAUUCAUGCAGCCGGGGCGAAAGUGAAAGACCUGGAGGAUGAAGCUGACCGCCUGCUAGAGAAGCUCAAACCGAUCAAGGAGCUCCAAGACAAUCUGAAGAAGAACAUCUCGCAGAUAAAAGAGCUGAUAAACCAAGCGCGCAAACAGGCUAACUCGAUUAAAGUGUCCGUCUCCUCUGGGGGGAAGUGCAUUCGAGCCUACCGACCCGAAAUCAAGAAGGGUCGCUACAACACCAUCAUCUUGAAUGUGAAGACUGCCUCCUCAGACAAUUUACUCUUCUACCUGGGCAGUGCCCAAUACACUGACUUCCUGGCGGUGGAGAUGCGCAAGGGCAAGGUCAACUUCCUGUGGGAUGUGGGCUCCGGCGUGGGCCGCGUCGAGUACCCCGAUCUCACCAUCCACGAUGGGAACUGGCACCGGAUCGAAGCUUCUCGUAUCGGCAUCAACGGUACCAUCUCAGUCCAUGCGCUGGAGGGCCCGAAAGCUGCCAUCAUGCCCGUCUCCAGCAGCGCCAGCUCCCCCAAAGGCUACACCAUCCUCGACGUGGACGAGAAAGCCUAUCUCUUCGUUGGAGGCAUUCUGGGAAGCGUGAAGAAAGCUGAUGCCGUUAAAACCACCACCUUCAUUGGGUGUAUGGGAGAGACCUACCUGGACAACAAACCCAUAGGAUUGUGGAACUACCGCGAGCGGGAGGGAGACUGUGCUGGAUGUGUAGUGAGCCCUCAGCCAUCAGACAGCGAAGGCACGGUGCAUUUUGACGGCGAGGGCUACGCCGCCGUGAGCCGGCCGACACGCUGGAACCCCAACGUCUCCACCAUCACGUUCAAGUUCCGCACGUUCUCCACCAACGCCCUCCUCAUGUAUUUCGCCACGAAGGACAUGAAAGACUUCAUGAGUGUAGAGCUGAGUAACGGCAGAGUGAAGGUCAGCUACGACCUGGGAUCCGGGCCAGGCAAUGUCUCCAGCAGCCAGCGGCACAAUGAUGGCCAAUGGAAGUCCUUCACCAUGGCCAGAAUGUUGAAGCAAGCGAGUGUGACUAUCGUGGAUAUCGACUCCGGCGAUGAAGAGAACUUCGUGGCCACAUCCCAGGGUGCCAGCACUGGGCUGAACCUCAAGGAAGGCGAACGGAUAUAUUUUGGAGGUUUGCCGACCACUGGGAAUUUCAGUAUGAAAACAAGGACAGAGGUCACUAUGAAGAAGUACGCAGGCUGUAUGAAGGACAUAGAAGUUUCCAGAACACCGUACAAUUUGCUAAGCAGCUCCGACUACACAGGCCUGACGAAGGGCUGUGCGAUAGAGAACCUGCACACGGUCAGUUUCCCCAAGCCCGGCUUUGUGGAGCUGAGAGGCAUGGCGUUUGACGUGGGCACGGAGAUAACGCUGUCCUUCAGCACCAAGAGUGACAAGGGCAUCAUCCUGUUUGGCAGCGGGGGCGUCCCUGUGCCCCCCAGGAGAAGGAGGAGGCAGACAGGGGAGGCCUUCCUGUCCGUGCACCUGAACAAGGGGGUCCUGGAGGUGCUGUUGUUCGCCGGCGGCCGCGGUCCCCGCAGGGUGGGCCGCAAACCAGAAGAGGGGAUCCUGCACGACGGCCGGGAACACGCCCUGCGCAUUGAGAGGACAGGCGGGGGCUUCACAGUGCAGAUAGACGAAGAAGAGAAGAUGGAACAGGUUCUCCCCAACGACCAUCCCAUGAGCAUCAAGCGGCUUUUCCUGGGUGGGAUCCCCCCAGAUGUGGAGACAGGCACCCAGAGAACCAACGUACCCUUCGAGGGCUGCAUCUGGAACCUCGUCACCAACACCAUACCGUGGGAUUUCUCUCAGCCAGUAGCGUUUGAGAAUGCAGAGAUUGGCCAGUGCCCCAGUAUGGCGACACUCCCAGCUCCGGGGCCGCCGCCGGAGGAGACGCCCAAAGCAGAGACCAAGGAGGUGGAGGAGCGGUGGCCGGAACCUCAUCGCUUACCGACGCUGCCACCAUCCAGCAUCUCCUGCGCAGCUGAAGCAAGCCCCAUCGUGCUGGAAAAGGCGAUGCAGUUCGGCCUGUCCAGAAACAGCCAUGUGGCCGUGGCCUUCGAUGACACGAAAGUCAAGAACAGACUCCUCAUCGAGUUCGAGAUCCGGACUGAGGCCGAGUCGGGCCUGGUCUUCUACAUGGCCAGGAUAAACCACGCGGACUUCGCCACCAUCCAGCUGAAGGAAGGGAUGGCCUACCUGAGCUUCGACCUGGGCAGCGGGAACACGUCCGUCUACGUGCCGCGCAUCAUCAAUGACGGCCAGUGGCACAAGAUCAGGGUACUUCGGGAGAAGCAGAGGGGUGUGCUGACCAUCGACAACCGCUACUUCAAACACACCACCAGUCCAAAGCAGGCCGACAUCCUGGACGUGGUUGGGAUGCUCUAUAUCGGUGGCCUGCCUGUUAAUUACACCACGAAACGGAUCGGCCCAGUGGUGUACAGCAUCAAUGCCUGUAUCAGAAAUUUCCAAAUGUUGAACACACUGCUUGAUUUGGAGAACCCCACGUCCCGCUACAAUGUGGGCAGCUGUUAUGUCAAGACUGAGAAGGGCAACUACUUCAAUGGCACAGGAUAUGCCAAAGCAGUGAACAGCUACAAAGUCGGCAUGGAAAUGUCCAUGGAGCUGGAGUUCCGAACCUCCCAGAGCAGCGGCGUCCUGCUUGGGGUCAGCAGUCAGAAGAUGGACGGCCUGGGAAUCGAGCUGCACAACGGCAAGCUGCUCUUCCACAUGGACAACGGGCUGGGCCGGGUCACAGCAGUGCACGAGCCCGACACGGAGGCCGCCCUCUGUGAUGGCCAGUGGCACUCGGUGAUCGCCCACAAGCUGAAGCAUCGGCUGGAGCUGACAGUGGACGGCCAAAAGUCGGAAGCGGAAAGCCCCCACGUCAGGUCUACGUCGGUGGACACCAACGACCCCGUCUAUGUCGGGGGUUACCCAGAUGGACAGAAGCAGUUUGGGCUGACCACCAGCAUACCUUUCAAGGGCUGUCUGCGCAACCUCAAGCUGAUCAAGGGUUCCAAGGUUCAGGAAAUUCACCUGCAGAGGGCGCUGGAGCUGCAUGGGGUGCAGCCUCUCACCUGCCCAUCAAACUGAGUCCGCUUGGGAGCCAUCUGCUUGCAUCAAUACCUGUGGCACCACACUAAAAGCAGAGCAUAAAAGAUUUCCCACAAUCCUUCCUGUUCCCCAGUAUUCUGCCUAGCUGUGUGUGAUUGGAUGACUGGAUUUGCUGUUUUUUUCUGUUUCAAAGCUGUCAAUAUCUCAUUCAGGAAGGACUUAUCUAUCAAUCCCAUACAAAAUAAUUGUGUGGUUUUAUAGAAGGAUAGAAAGGUCUUCUUUUGAACUGUAGCCACAUGCCUCUUACGUAUGCAUGGUGUGACAACGCUGCACGGAAGUCCUGUAAUGCACUUACAAAUAUAUCUCUUUUACUGAAGUGAAA